AUUUUUGACAAUCCAGUGUUUACUCCUUUGUGAAAAAGAAGUGGAAGAAGUUGGGAAAGUAAAUUGCGGAAGCAUUACUUUCGCAUCUUCAGCCUCAACUAUUUGAAAGAGGGCUUGAUAAUGCCUGUUUUGAACGAUGCAGCAGAAACUGCGAUAAAAGAAGCACUGAAAACAGCUACACUCGAGAAAACUACAAAACUUUCUAGUGAUGGUGUGAAUAAAGGAGAAGCAUAUUUGACAGAUAAAGGUGUUGUUUACAUUAAGCAAAAUAUAACACCACAGGCAAGGGAGAUAUUUGAUUGUGAAUAUGAAAGUCUAGAAGCUAUUGCAGCAACAAACAUAAUACAUGUCCCAAAGCCUCUUGCAAUUGUGGACAAUCGCUUGGGUGGAGCUUUGUUUGUUUCAGAGUAUAUUGAUAUGAAAACACUGAACCAGUUCUCUCAAGAACUUGGGCAGCAAUUGGCAAGAUUACACCUGCAUAAUGCUGUUCUGGGCAAACAAAAAAUCAAAGGAUUUGUAGGGAAGGAGGAAAAUGUCCAAUUUGUAAAAGAAUUUGGUUUCCAUGUUAAAACACGAUUUGGGAACACACUUUUGGAAAAUGAAUGGUGCAGUGACUGGCCUACCUUUUUCGUGAGACACAGACUCAGUCAUCAAUUUAGAUUACUUGAGGAGAAUUAUGCAGAUGCUGAGGCACGAGAACUGUGAUCACAGCUACUUAGGAAACUACCACAGUUUUUUGAAGGAGCAGAUAUAAAACCAUCGUUAUUGCAUGGGAACUUACAAAGAGACAAUAUUGCGGAAACUAACACUCAUCCAGUCACUUUUCAUCCAGCAUCUUUUUUUGGUCAUCAAGAUUUUGAUCUGGUUACUUCACAAAUGUAUGGUGGUCUUGGACAAGCAUUCUAUAAUGCGUAUUAUGACAUAAUACCUAGGGCCCUGGGUUCAAGAAAAAGGAAUCAGAUCUAUAAAUUAUUUCAUCUCCUAAAU